AUGGCCAUAAGUAAUCAAGAUGACAAUACUGUCACUCUUCUGUAUGGUUAUAACAAAGGGAAGUUUCAUUUUCCACUCACAUAUUCAGUUGGUGUAGCACCCGUCUUUAUUAUAUCUGCUGAUUUCAACAAUGACAAGAAAUUAGAUCUUGCCGUCGCUAAUUCAAAUGACACUGCCAUUAGUAUACUCAUUGGCAAUGGAUCGAAUAUAUUUCUUCCUGAAACACAGUAUUCAGUUGAUGAUUAUUAUGGUCCACUCUCUUUAGCAACAGCUGAUUUCAAUAUGGAUUCCAAAUUAGAUUUGGCAGUGAUUUAUAGUUAUCCAACUCUUAUUCAACUGUUUCUAGGUAAUGGAAAUGGAACUUUUCAAACUGGAAAUAAGAUUGAUCUUGAUACACUACCAACAGCGAUCAUCGUCGCUGAUUUGAAUAAGGAUAACAAAAUUGACUUGAUAGUUCUUAGCCAAUUUAGCAGCAGUAUCAGUAUAUAUCUUGGAUAUGGAAAUACAACUUUCUCGAAGUUCACCAAUAUUUCAGUAAGUCGAUCACCAACUGCAAUUGUGUCAGCUGAUUUUGAUAAUGACAAUCAAGUCGAUUUAGCAAUAACUAGUAGUGCUCGGAAUACCGUCACGAUCUUAUUUGGCAAUGGAAAUGGAACAUUUUCUACCCAAGUCAAUAAAACUGUUGGUAGAUAUCCCAUUGCCUUAGUAACAGCAGAUUUAGAUAAAGACAAUCUGCUAGAUUUGAUAGUAGUUAAUAGAGGUGACAAUUCUAUGAGUGUGUUGAUGGGCUAUGGAAGUCGAAGUUUUUCAAAUCAAACAAAAUACGCAACAAGUCUCACUCCAAGUGCUGCUGCGAUUGGUGAUUUGAAUAAUGACAAUAAAAUCGAUGUAGUUAUAACAAAUUAUCAAUCAGAAACAGUAUCUGUUUUUCUAAAUACGUGCGAGAAUAUAAUAACUACAUCUUAA